AUGAAUGCGGUGCGUUGGGCGGAGGGCAGCAUUACGCAGCUGCCGGUGAAGACGCCGGUGUACGGCACGCUGGUGGGCCUCAUCAACGCCAAGAACGCCGACUUUGGCCGUGAGGUGGUGAGCAAGGUGGGCGAGCGGCUGCAGCAGGCGCUGCACGAUCGCAGCGCGCUCGACGUGAAGCUUCUCACCCGCUUCCUGGCCGAGCUCGUCAAUGCGCACGUGCUGCCCGCCGCCGAUCUCGUCGCCCUGUUCGACCUCCUCCUCGCCUCGGCGGCGGAGCUCGACGACUCGCUGCAGCACAGCGACCUCGAGCACUACGCCUACGUGGUGCUCAUCACCAUCCCCUUCGUCGCCGCCACCCUGCUCCGCGACCUCCCCGACGAACUCGACCGCCUCCUGCGCACCCUACAGCGCUACGUCGACGCCCACAAGUGCCCCAUCAACCCCCUCACCCUCGUCUACCCCGACCCCGAGGCGCAGGACUACUUUGAGAGCUACCUGUGGAAGCAGCUGGCGGAGCUCAAGGAGGACGGGUGGCGGAGCGGGGCCAUCCUGCAGCCCUACGUCUCCUUCGAGGACCACCUGAGCACCGCUCCUCGCCACACCCUGCCCACUAUCGCCCUCCCGCCGUCCUCCACCGAAAAGGGCUACGGCUCGCUGAGGGGGCGAGUACAGACCUUCCGCCUGUUCGAUGCGGCGCGGACGGAGUCUCCCGACAUGAAGGCCUUCGAUCGCUUCCUCCUUCAGGACUACAUCGUGGACCUGCUCCACUUCUUCGGAUCGGACCACAAGACGUGCACCAAGUUCCUGCUCACCCUCCCCGGCAACUUCAACUACCACAACCUGCUGAUCGAGACGAUAUUCGGUCAGCUGUUCCUCUUGCCCACGCCGCCCUGCAAGCUCAUCUACUACGCCGUCGUCAUCGGCGACCUCUGCAAGGGCAGUACCGCCAUUCCGCCCGUCCUCGGGUUGGCCAUCGACACGCUGUUCGAGAGGGCCGACAUGAUGGACGUGGAGUGUGCCGAGCGCUUCUGCGACUGGUUCUCCCACCACCUCUCCAAUUUUGACUUCAAGUGGCACUGGCAGAAGUGGGCGUACGUCCUCAAGAUGAACGAGGAGGAGCCCAAGCGGCUGGCGGUGCGUGAGAUCCUGGAGCGCACCAUGUGGCUGGCCUACUACGAGCGCGUGGCCCGCACCCUGCCCGAGGAGUUCAUCGAGCUCAUGCCCCGCAGACCGGCCCCCUUCCUCAAGUAUGCCGAUGUCGCCGCCGAGGACCACGAGGCCUACGCGUCGCUGCUGGCCAAGGUGAGGGCCAAGGAGAAGUCCGAGCAGCUGCGCCCGUGGCUAGACUCGCUCACCUCCAUCUCCACCGAGAGGCGCCUCGACCUCGCCCUCCACGCCCUCCUCGAGGCCGGCUGCAAGAGUUUCUCCCACCUCCUCAACGUGCUCGAACGGUAUCACGCCCUCCUGCGUAGCCUGGCCGGCACCGUGCAGGCGCGCCUGGCGGUGACGACGGCGGUGGGCGAGUUUUGGAAGCACUCGCCACAGCACAUCAUCAUCACCCUCGAGAAGCUGAUGACCUACCGCAUCGUCGACGCACACUCCAUCGUGCAGUGGAUCUUCUCCCACCAAGUGCUCCCCUUCUUCACGCAGGGUUAUCUGUGGGACAUCCUGCGCAACACGAUCGACAAGACCGUCAUGCGCACGGAGGUCAUGCGCAAGGAGCUCAAGGCCGUGCAGCCCGACCAGCAGCCCGCCCUAGCAGAGGCCUCGGGCGCGUCGACAACAGCGACCGCAGUGGACGACGUCAGGCUGCAGCAGGCUCGCGAGAGCUACCAGACCGCGCUGCGCGACCAGAACGACCUCCUGCUGCUCGUCUUCCAGAGCUUCGUGGUGGUGCUGGCCAACCACCUGGCCAACAGCCGGGAGCGAGAUGCCGACCCCUACGACGCCUGGUACCGCUCGGCCAUGGGCCACUUCAAGGAGGUCGCCCGAAGGUACCAUCGGGAGGCCAAGGCUCUGGGCGCACCCCUGGCCGACGCGUUUGCGCAGAGCUCCGACCCGCGCAUCACCGACGUCCUCACCCACCUCCACCAGUUCUAG